AUGGAUCCGAUCCUCCGUUUCUUAGUAAACGGUGAGCUUCUUGAGGACAAGAAAGGUGCUAGAAUGGUCAGACGGGAGGUGGCCAAGUAUGUAGCGAUACAGGGCCAGCUAUAUAAACGAGGGUUUGAUCAACCCCUGUUGAAGUGCUUGCGCCCCGAGCAAACGGACUACGUCUUGAGCGAAGGUUGCUAUGGCCACCAUAUCGGGGGAAAGGCGUUGGCCAGGAAACUCGUUAGAGCCGGAUAUUAUUGGUCUUCCAUGAUGUCCUAUGCACAAGAAUUCGUGAGAAAGUACAAUGGGACGCAGUUCGCGAAUAAAAAGUUUGGCGAGUUCCUUUCAAGAAUGGGAAUCAAGCAGAAAUUCUCGUCAGUCGAGCACCCAUGGAGCAAUGGCCAGGUGGAAGCUGCAAACAAGGUCAUCCUUCACAGCCUGAAGAAAUGA